AGGCGGCGUUGCGUCAAGCCCCGCCCUAGUCGCGGGCACGGCGAUUGCCGCUGGCAGACGCGCGAAGCCAGCGGGCAGCAGGCCUGUGGCGGCGCGGCUUCUGCACCCAUUUCCACCCGCGCCCGCCGCCCGCCGCAGAACCACGAUGUUCCGGAUGUUGAGCAGCAGCUUUGAGGACGACCCCUUCUUCGCAGAUUCUUUUCUUGCACACCGAGAAAGUAUGCGCAACAUGAUGAGAAGUUUCUCUGAACCUCUUGGAAGAGACUUGCUCAGUAUCUCUGAUGGUAGAAGAACAACCCAUAAUCGUAGAGACCAUGAUGAUGGUGAGGAUUCCUUAACUACAACAAGUUUUUCUCUUGUGCCUUUUGGAAGGUUUGGUGGAAUGCAUACAGAUGUCAACCCUUUUCAGACAAUGGAUCGGAUGAUGGUAAAUAUGCGAAAUGGUAUACAGGAGUUACAGAGAAACUUUGGCCAACUUUCAAUGGAUCCAAAUGGGCAUUCAUUUUGUUCUUCCUCUGUUAUGACCUAUUCCAAAGUAGGAGAUGAACCACCAAAGGUUUUCCAGGCCUCAACUCAAACCCGUAGGGCUCCAGGAGGAGUAAAAGAAACCAGAAAAGCAAUGAGAGAUUCUGACAGUGGACUAGAAAGAAUGGCUGUUGGUCAUCAUAUCCAUGACAGAGGUCAUGUCAUUAGGAAGUCAAAGAACAACAAGACUGGGGAUGAAGAGGUCAACCAAGAGUUCAUCAAUAUGAAUGAAAGCGAUGCUUAUGCUUUUGAUGAUGAGUGGCAAAAUGAAGUUCUGAAGUACAAGCCUAUUGGACGAUCAGGAAACACUGGAAUGCGAAGCGUGGGUCAUGAGCAUUCAGGGUCACGGGAACUCAAAAGGAGAGAGAAAAUUCAUCGAAGUCCAGCCAUUGAGAGUGGGAGAAGAUCAAACAUUUUUGUGGACAAACUCAAUGUCAAAGGAUCACCUGUGAAAAUCACCAAAAAAUAAAUAGCCGUGCAUUUAAUUUGUUUAGUUGGUUAUUUUAACAAAGUCAUGGCAUGGUGCUAAAAAAUACACAAAAGACCAAUCUCCUGUUGUUAAACCAAUGCUGUACUUUGGAACUCUCUUCUGAAUCUUAAUGUUCUUGUAAGUUUUAGCUUUACAUUGUUCAUACUUUAGGAAUAAAAUUUUGAUGUUGAA